CGAACGAGUUACGUAUUUGUUUUGGAAUAACAUGCAGUUUUCUUUAAGUAUAAUAUUUGUAAAUAGACUAAUUUCAUCUCUAGAAUGGCUCUAAUAUAUAACGGAGAAUAUUUACCAACUUAACUACCAAAGAAAUAUCAAAUUAAUUAAAAUAAAUGAUUUUCAUAAUUUCAUUUUGAUUAAGAUGGGAGUUCUUGGACUUACAAGUUAUGUCAAUCAAAGAUCUGAUAUAUGUUUUGAACCAUACCACCUCAGUGACUGUGUUCUUAUUAUUGAUGGUUAUGGUUUAGCUGCACAAUUGUAUAAUAGUUCUUCAAAAAUAAACUCAGCCUUUGGAGGAGAUUAUGAUAAGUAUUGUAAGCUUAUAGCUAAUUUUAUUGACAAUUUAAGAAAAUGUCAAGUAACGCCUAUUGUUAUUUGUGAUGGUGGUUAUGAAAAAAGGAAAUUUAACACUGUGAAGAGAAGAAAUUUGCUAAGAGUCUAUGCUUUAGAAAAGGUCUCACCUUCAUGUAGCAAUUUACAGUGUUUUCCCCUCAUGAUGAGACAUGUCUUCAGAGAAAAAUUGAAAGAAUUGUCUGUACUUAUUUUACAAACCGAUUUUGAGGCUGAUAAUGAGAUAGCUGCUCUUUCAAGAAAACUUAAUGCCCCGGUUUUAAGUAAUGAUUCAGACUUUUUCAUAUAUGAUGUUAAUUACAUUCCUCUUACAAGUAUGAUAUUUGAUCGAUGUGAAGGUAAAGGAAAACAUUGUUAUAUUCCCUGUAAAAUAUUCAGUAUUACUAAUCUUCUAAAAAGUUUUGGGAACAUUCCUAAAACAAUGUUACCACUUCUAGCUACUGUAUUAGGAAAUGAUUAUAUUAAAACUAGUAAGUUCAAAGAAUUUUACAGUCAUUUAAAGAUGGACAAAUCAAAGAAAAUGAGACCCGGUCAAAAAAGAGUCAAAGGAUUGGUAGACUGGCUUAAGAAUGAAACUUUUGAAUCAGCUAUGGCCAAGAUUUUACAAUCUAUGAAAAAAAAUGCUAGAAGGAAUGCUAAAAGUAGCAUAAAAAAUAUAAUUAAAGGAUAUACAAAUCUAGAAUCUUGUUUGAAUGAUUAUCUUCCAGAAUACAUUGCUAAUAAAAACAAUCAACAAAGUGAAGAAGUCUUGGAGCUUAUUAAAUCUUUUAAUUCACUGCACUGUACUGAAAUUUCUGAAGAAAGUGAUGAGUCAGUGUGUUCAAAAACAUCAGUAAUUCUUGAUAGUGAUGAUUCAGGUAGUGACGAUAAAAGUAGUGAAGUUGAAGAAGAACUUGAAGAAUAUGAAUCUGAUGGUGGUGUUUCAAGUGUUUCAAACGUUGAUGUUACUGAAGUUGGUGUUACUCCUUCUAAAAAAUUAUUAAUUCCUUCUUGGCUUCUUCAUGAGUCACGUUUGGGUAAUGUGUGCCCGUCAAUUAACACACUUUUGUCUCUGAAAGUUUACUUUUACUGUCCUCAGGUUGAAGAUUAUGAAUGUGAAUGGGCUGGAUCUAUUUCUUUACCUAUUUUACAAGUCAUCAUAGGAUUGUUGGGCUUAUCUUCUGUCAAUUAUUGGUACAGAAGAAAUUCCAAGUAUGUAAAUUCUCAACUAUUCCCUGUAAAUUCAAUUUCUGGACUGGACUUUCCUGAGUUGGAUGUAUUGAACAUAUUCCCUCCUUCAGAAAAAAAAUUAUUUAUUUUUAAAACAUUAGAUGUUGAAAAUACGUCUAUUCUUCAAAGCUUCCCCUGUGAGUGGCAUUUAUUAUUGAUGUCAAUUGUAUUUUGGAGCAAAGCAAAUGGAUCCUGCAUAAAAUAUUGGCAUUUACAUUCUUUGAUUAUUACAAUAAUCACCAUAAAUGUUAUCUGUAAACUUGUUGGUCCAUGCUGGCAAAAGAAAACCUUCCUUAAGAGGCAUGGUUCUAAACUGAAAUAUUUAUUGAAGAACGAUGUCCCUAAAAGUCAAUCAAUAGAGUGUAAAAGUACUAUUGAAGCAAUUGAAAUGGUUAAAUUUGAUGACUGUUUGAUAGCUUUAGACAGUUUAAUUCCUUAUUUCCAUGUUGAUGAAACUUUGAAUCGAAAUUCUAAAAGAUUUUCCCGUAGCAUUGUACAUACCUAUGCUCAGCUUCAAUCAGCAUUUGAGUUAGCUGUUACUCUUAAUUCUUUGCUUUCAUGUCCAUUCAAAAGCUGUCAUCUUGGUAAUUUCUAUAAUGGUACUUUUCUUUAUAAUUUCACUGUUAAUUUUAAAGGACGAACUAAUGUGUUAUCAUACUUACAAUCUCUGCUUAGGAAAGCACCAUCUGUUUUGAAUUUGUAUUUCACCGUUUACAAUAAUUUGAUGCUCUUAAUUCCUGAUCCUCCUAAGCAGGUGGUUAAAUUAAAAAAACCGAAGAAAAGGAAAGAAAUAAAAGAAGUUAGAUAUGAAUCUUGCAGCGAUGGAAUGUCUGAUACAGAUAGCUUUAAUGAUUCUAAUAAUCGUUAUUGUAUAUUAAGUAGCCAAGUUAUUGUUAAUAGGUAGCAGUUGUUACUCAUAAUAAAGGAUAAAACACAUGUAAUGUUUAGUGUACAUGAGAUACCUCGCAUGAAAUACUUAUCAAAAGAUAAUUUUAUACCUGUUUCAAUACAAAUGAACAAUUUUCUUCAAAAGAUUCAUAAUGUUUAU